AUGGCAGUUAUUCUGGGAGGUGCCAAAGUACCAUCUGUGACUAUUCGUCAAGGCACCAUCAUUGGUAGGGUUCUACAACACAACAUUCCACAGUCGGUGGAAGCGUUUCUUGGGGUUCCAUAUGCUCUUCCUCCAACCGGCGAAAGAAGAUUCAUGCCACCAGUUCCUGUCAAUUCAUCGGAUGAUGUUAUUGAUGCCACUAGCUGUGGGAAUAGGUGCCCAUCUUCCCCUCUAAUGCCGCUCGAUGGAUGGUCUGAAGAUUGUUUGAACGUGAAUAUAUUCCGUCCACAAACACGAGAUGCGACUAAGAAACUACCGGUCGCAGUAUAUUUCCAUGGUGGUGCUUUUAACCUUGGCAGUGGGGGGAGCCACAACUCUGCAUCCAUGAUGGCAUGGUCCGAAAAGCCUUACAUUGCAGUGAAUUUUAAUUACAGACUUGGGGCAUUUGGCUUUCUGUCAUCGGAGCUUGCAGCAAAGGACGGGGCCCUCAAUGUGGGCCUGCGUGACCAGAUCCUCCUGUUGAAGUGGGUUCAAGAGAACAUCGGAGCGUUUGGAGGAGAUCCGAAUCAAGUCACCCUAUUUGGAUUGUCCGCUGGAGCACAUUCUAUCGGCCAUCUUGUCAUGCUUCACAACGAAUCAGCACCACCCAUUUUCCACCGUGUGAUGAUAGAAUCAGGUGCCGCAACUUCCCGCGCCGUUUACCCCUACAACAACAAACUCCAUGAAAACCAAUUCACAGAAUUCCUCGUCGAAGCCGGCUGCUCUAACCUCACAGAACAAGAGACCUUCCCAUGCCUACGUGGCAAGCCCGCGUUAACCAUCGCCGGGGCCUCAUCCAGGAUAUUCUCUCGCUACGAACCUUCAAACCGCUGGGCAUUCCAACCAGUCAUCGACGGCGAUAUCAUUCAACAAGCUCCAAUCCGCGGCUGGGAAACCGGCAAGUGGAAUGAAGUCCCCAUUCUGACCGGUUACAACACGAACGAAGGAGCCCCUUUCGUGCCCUCUGGAAUGUCCAAGUCAGAAGAAUUCAUCGAAUUCUUUAGCACGCUUAUCCCCGCGAUGCCCGAAUCGGACCUGCAGAGACUCGACAAACUCUAUCCAGAUCCACUAAAAGAUCCAUCCUCUCCCUAUGUAGAGAUGCGAAAUAUUGAAGUUGGUUCUCAGUUCAAACGAGCAGAGGCCGCCUACGGCCAUUUCGCAUACAUAUGUCCCAUACGACAAACAGCCCACCACGCAUCUGGCGGCCAGGAGGCGCCUGUCUUUUUGUAUCACUGGGCUCUGAUCAAGACUGUCAAGGGUGGUGCAAGCCAUGGAGAUCAGGUCGAGUACGAAACCUAUAGCCCCGCCGUGCGGGAGAUUUCUGAUGCGCAGGAUGAAAUGGCCGGGACGCUGCAUGCGUAUUUCACGUCCUUCAUCACCACUGGUGACCCUAAUGCAGUUCCAGGUAGAUUUCCGAAUCGGCCUGUGUGGAAGGCAUUUGGUGGGGGAUGGUGGAAGAAGAACAGGACUCUCAUGUUGUUUGGAGACGGAAAUGAUGAGAGAGCUGGGGGGAAUGGGGUGGGGAUAAUGGCGCAGGUGGUCGACGAUGAUUGGAGUCAGGAGGAAUGCGAGUUUUGGUCGGAAAGGAGUAUAAUGACAGAAUCUUGA